AUGGGGAAAUCCGGUGGGAGGAAGAAGAAGAGUGGCGGUGGUGGUGGUGGUGGAGCUGGUGGUUCGAACCAGGUCAAUCCUUCUGAAACCACGGCUCCGGCGAAGCCAAUUGUUAACGGCGGAGUUGAUUUGGAUACUUCCAUAUUCCUAAAACGUGCUCACGAGCUCAAGGAAGAAGGCAACAGAAAGUUCCAAGCCAAGGAUUUCAGUGGCGCUCUUGAGCAUUACACUAACGCGGUUAAGCUCAUCCCCAAAAGCCACCCAGAUCGAGCUGUGCUUCACAGCAAUCGAGCAGCGUGUUUGAUGCAGAUGAAACCCAUCGACUACGAGAGCGUAAUCUCCGAGUGUACCAUAGCGCUUAAGGUCCAGCCUGGGUUCACUCGAGCACUCCUUAGAAGAGCUCGAGCUCUUGAAGCUGUAGGGAAGUUCGAAUUAGCUGUGCAAGAUGUGAAUUUGCUACUAGGAACCGACCCGAAUCACAAGGACGCCACUGAGAUGUCGCGCCGGUUGAUGAUGGCUGGUUCAGGUCCUCAGAGCAGACCUUCCCCAGCGGCUCUUGGUGCCUCGGCUGCUUUGGGUGGUCCGGUGAAUGGGCUCGGUCCUUGUUUGCCUUCUCGUCCAGUUCACAAAAAGGUAGCAACUUCUUCUCCUUCUUCUUCGCCUGUUGGGUCUCUUACCUUGCCUAUUAGCAAUAACAGUAGUAAAGUGGAACGAGCGGUCACUGAAAAUGGACCUGAGAGCAAGGCUCAGAUGCCGAAAAUUGUGUUGAAGCCAUUGAUUGAUUCUUCGAAAGGGACGACGAAGGUUGAUCAGUCUCAGUCUUCUUCGUCUGUGGCUGUUCUGACUCAAGAGAAGAGAAUUCGAUGGAGGCCAUUGAAGUUUGUCUAUGACCAUGACAUACGGUUGGGUCAAAUGCCGGUGAAUUGUGGGUUUAAGGUGUUGAGGGAGAUUGUGAGGAGUCGUUUCCCAUCUUCGAAGUCGGUUUUGAUAAAGUAUAAAGACAAUGACGGAGAUUUGGUGACUGUAACCUCCACUACGGAGCUAAGAUUGGCGGAAUCUGCCGCUGAUGCUCUUCUGACUAAAGAGCCUGAAUCUGAUAAAUCUGAGUCUGUUGGGAUGUUGAGACUGCAUGUUGUUGAUGUGAGUCCUGAGCAGGAGCCGCCUUUGCUCGAGGAAGAAGAAGAGGAGGAGGAAGAGAAGCCUGUUGAAGAAGAAACCCGAACAUCUCCAACGGAAUCCGAAGCAGAGAUCAGCAAUGAGAAGUCUGAUAAGGAGAAACCAGGUUCUUCUGAAGAUCCUGAGAUGAAGGAACUGGAGAUGGAUGACUGGUUAUUCGACUUUGCUCAGCUAUUCCGGUCUCAUGUUGGCAUUGACCCUGACGCUCAUGUCGACUUGCAUGAGCUUGGGAUGGAGCUUUGCUCUGAGGCGUUGGAAGAAACAGUCACCAGUGAAGAAGCUCAGCCACUUUUUGACAAAGCUGCUGCGAAGUUCCAAGAAGUAGCUGCGUUAGCUUUCUUCAACUGGGGUAAUGUUCACAUGUGCGCUGCGAGGAAGAGGAUUCCGUUGGAAGAGUCAGCUGAGAAGGAGAAAGUCGAGGGACAGCUUCAGAUUGCUUACGAGUGGGUGAAAGAGAAGUACACUCUUGCUAAGGAACAGUAUGAGCACGCCUUAUCGAUCAAACCUGACUUUUACGAAGGUUUGCUAGCUUUAGGGCAGCAGCAAUUCGAGAUGGCGAAGCUUCAUUGGUCAUUCGCGUUGGCGCAGAAGAUAGAUUUAUCGGAGUGGGAUUCAGCAGAGACGCUGAAGCUCUUUGACAGUGCGGAAGAGAAGAUGAAGGCUGCGACUGAGAUGUGGGAGAAGCUUGAAGAACAGAGGAUGAAUGAUCUGAAGAACCCGAAUUCGAGCAAGAAAGAGGAGGUUUCUAAGAGGAGAAAGAAGCAAGGAGAUGGAGAAAAUGGGGAGGCUUCAGAAGCUGUUACAGCAGCUGAAGCAGCAGAGCAAGCGCUUGCUAUGAGAUCACAGAUUCAUCUUUUCUGGGGGAACAUGCUGUUUGAGAGAUCACAAGUUGAAUGCAAAAUCAGUUUAAGCGGUUGGAAGAAGAAUCUUGACUCAGCUGUUGAAAGAUUCAAACUUGCUGGUGCUUCUGAGACUGAUAUAUCAACUGUUGUGAAGAACCAUUGUUCCAAUGAAGCAGCUGUUGCAGCUGAAGGAGAUGAGAAGAAGGUAACUGAAUCAUGA